AUGGAUGAUAUUGAAUAUCCGGUAUUCAAGUCUAUUGACGGACCUUGGAUCGCUCUACUUGUCAUCGGCAUUUUAAUGUUCAUUUCCUCAGCUAUUGGUACUGUUUUACUCUACAUUGUCUGGCGUCGAUUUAAUCAACAACCGUCACAACCAACGAAAAAUGUCAAUUAUGUUGUAAAUAGUAAACCUAAUGGUAACAUCUCCAUUCCAGUACAAAUUAAUGCUGCUCCAUCACAAACUUAUGAAACACAAAAAAUGGAACUGUAUGUGCCACAAGUUGACGAUAUCGUUAACCAACGAAACUUCAAUGAAUUUUAUCCGAAUUUCAAUCCUGAAGAUGCAAUUCAAACUGUACAUGAUACCUAUCAAAGAAGCAAAGCAUACUUUUGA